AGGGGGCUGUAUAUUUAGGAAAGAGGGGGUAGGAGUUGAUGAGGGGGGUCGGAAAGAGGGGGGUCGUUGCUUCCCUCUCAGCUCCGGGAUCAGCGCGCGAUCCUGUUCGUCCGUUCGUCUGCCCGUCCGCCUGCCUGCUUUCCUGCCCCGCACACAGUCUUUGUUUGCUCCUGAGAGUUUUUCCCCUCAGCCUCUGAAAGAGACACUGAUCCUCUUCUUCCAGUCCGCAGUGCACUAUGAAGGGCACGAGCAAGUCUGAAGAUGUCAGGAGACUCGUUCGGAGCAGCGGGGACAGAUGCCCAGCAGAACCUGCAGUCCUUCUGGCCCAGGGUCAUGGAGGAGAUCAGGAACCUAACUGUGAAGGAUUUUCGCGUGCAGGAGCUUCCACUCGCCCGCAUAAAGAAAAUCAUGAAGCUGGACGAAGACGUAAAGAUGAUUAGUGCCGAGGCUCCGGUGCUGUUCGCCAAAGCUGCUCAGAUCUUCAUCACGGAGCUCACCCUGAGAGCCUGGAUCCACACUGAGGACAACAAACGGCGCACGCUACAGAGAAAUGACAUCGCCAUGGCCAUCACCAAAUUCGAUCAGUUUGACUUCCUCAUCGACAUUGUCCCGAGAGAUGACCUCAAGCCACCUAAACGACAGGAGGAGGUGCGUCAGUCGGUUGCCUCGACAGAGCCUGUGCAGUACUACUUCACACUGGCGCAGCAGCCCGGCGCUGUACAGGUGCAGGGGCAGCAGCAAGGCCAGCAGGUAGCCGCACCCGCCACCGCCCUCCAACCAGGACAAAUCAUCAUAGCCCAGCCACAGCAGGGCCAGGUGUUGCAGGGGACCAGCAUGCAGCAGCUACAGCAGGUGCAGGUAGCUCAGUCACAGGCUACCCCCAUCACGAGCGCUCCGGUGACCAUGCAGGUGGGCGAAGGUCAGCAGGUGCAGAUAGUUCAGGCGGCCGCGCAGGGUCAGGCUCAAGCCCAGGCAGCGCAACCAGCGGGACAGACCAUGCAGGUCAUGCAGCAGAUCAUCACCAACACAGGAGAGAUUCAGCAGAUCCCUGUCCAGCUGAAUACCGGAGGCCUGCAGUACAUCCGUCUGGCUCAGCCAGUUUCAGGAGCACAAGUCGUCCAAGGACAAAUACAGACGCUCACAGCCAACGCUCAGCAGGUGUCACAGACUGAAGUGCAACAAGGGCAACAGCAAUUCAACCAGUUCACUGAUGGUCAGCAGUUGUAUCAGAUCCAGCAGGUGACGAUGCCAGCAGGUCAGGAGCUAACUCAGCCCAUGUUCAUCCAGUCGACGAGCCAGACAGCUGAUGGCCAGGUCAGCACCCAGGUCAGCGCUGACUGAUGUGUGGCGCACCCGCCCUGACCCACAGGCACGGACUGCACCGAAACCACACUGCUCCAGACCAGCUCAACCAGAGGGAUCCCUACCACAUCACAAUCAGUACACCCACCCCGCGGCGCUAUAUAUAUUUCUUUCCGUUGCGCCAUAUGCAACACCGACAUGGCCGACUGCACUUAGCCUUAGAGCUUUGAUGCAACUUUAGCUUCAUCCAGACUGCAGUUGUGAAGAAAGACACCAAAUAAUCAUACUGUGGGGGGAAAAAAAAGUUAGCUUUUUUCCCUGCUUAGUUUAGUUCACUCUGCUCCCACCACAAUGUUUGGGAACACACACGUUCAUCCAGUCAAAACACUGAACAACAAAUUUCCCGUCUCCAGCCAAAUAAAAACACCUUAUUCUAAAUGCUUGAGCCAGUCACCGAUGAUGCUGUGUAUUUCCAGAUUUGUGUGUAGGUUGGAACACCGUGUUCAAAACUGAACCGAGUCACAUGACUCCAUGAUCACGUAUAUCUAAUCCUUGCGUCAUGGAGCUCAUUAGAUCCUCUGCCACAAACGAAUCUGAUCUCUACUCCAAAUCGUCCAGUCUUCCCUGCAGCGUAUUUUAGAGCAUGUCGUAUAGGCGACGGUGGUCUGUUCGAUGUGUUGAAGGCUCUCAUCUGCCUCGUCUAAGGCCUACGCCUCAGAGCUUUGUGUGGUUUUGAAAAAAAAACAAAAAAAAAAAACACACUUCUGUACUUGCUCGAGUUUUUGUUAAGCCCUGAUUUGUUUAUCAUGUCGUCGUCGUGCACAAUUCCAAACUUAAUGCUAUAAAGCCAUAAUCUACACCUUGUACAACAUGUUGAUCUCCGUAGUUUGUAUGAUAACUCAUUUUUAAUUGUAUCAGUUCGAUUUUAUUAGUUACUUGUAUAGAUCCUGCAAUUUGAUAAUGUGAUAUUGUUGAAAAGGGCUUCUUACUGUUGGGUUUUCUACAUGCAAAAUGUGUGUGUGUGUGAGUGUAUGCAGGGUUGGGUGGGUUGGGAAAAGGGGUGU